CUGAAGAGCGGAGCCUCGGGCAGCGGAGGGGGCUUUCUAUCCCUGGCUGACCCCAACUGCGCGUCCCCAACCCUCUCCCGUAGCUGAGGCUACCACUGGUGUGGCGGUCUCUGCUUGGCGGAAGUCUUCGGCGAUCAUUCGACCCCUCUCCACAGCCUUUUUGAAUCCAGGAUUUCGGGGCGGCCCCCACCCCCACCUCUCUCUCUCUCCCUGCCUCUUUGCACCCCGUUUUGUUCUGCGUCUCUCUUUGAUUUCUCUGCCGUCUAUUUUUGCAUCCUUUUUCGUUUUGUUUUUUUUGGAGGUGAGGUGAAGCUGCACUCGUACCCCUCCCCUUUUUAUUCUCCCCUGCUUUGACAGCCCCCCUUUUCUUCGCAGUCGGGAGCCCUAGGAUCGGUGCAUCCCACGCCGCGCUGCCAGCAACCCGCAGCGCGUGGCCGUGCACCCCGGAAUUUGCAGCAGUUGCAUAUCUGACGGGGCUCUCCCUCGCCCCGGCUGCUUUUGCUCCCGGAGCAUUCGGGUGCGUGGGAGGGGGGCUACAGCGUACCGCACCCCAGCUUCUCUGUAGUCCCCCGCCCCGCGCGGGACUCGUCCCCUGCCGCCAAGAUGGUCAUCCAGAAAGAGAAGAAGAGCUGCGGGCAGGUGGUUGAGGAGUGGAAGGAGUUCGUGUGGAACCCGAGGACGCACCAGUUCAUGGGCCGCACCGGGACCAGCUGGGCCUUUAUCCUCCUCUUCUACCUCGUCUUCUACGGUUUCCUCACCGCCAUGUUCGCUCUCACCAUGUGGGUGAUGCUGCAGACUGUCUCUGACCAUACCCCCAAGUACCAGGACCGACUGGCCACGCCAGGCUUGAUGAUCCGCCCCAAGACUGAGAACCUUGAUGUCAUCGUCAACAUCAGUGACACUGAAAGUUGGGACCAGCAUGUUCAGAAGCUCAACAAGUUCUUGGAGCCUUACAAUGACUCCAUCCAAGCCCAAAAGAAUGAUGUCUGCCACCCUGGGCGCUAUUAUGAACAGCCAGAUAAUGGAGUCCUCAACUACCCGAAACGUGCCUGCCAGUUUAACCGGACCCAGCUGGGUGACUGCUCCGGCAUCGGGGACCCCACCCACUAUGGUUAUAGCACUGGGCAGCCCUGUGUCUUCAUCAAGAUGAACCGGGUCAUCAACUUCUAUGCAGGAGCGAACCAGAGUAUGAAUGUUACCUGUGUGGGGAAGCGAGAUGAAGAUGCUGAGAAUUUGGGCAGCUUUGUCAUGUUCCCCGCCAAUGGCAACAUCGACCUCAUGUACUUCCCCUACUAUGGCAAGAAGUUCCAUGUGAACUACACACAGCCCCUGGUGGCUGUGAAGUUCCUGAAUGUGACCCCCAACGUGGAGGUGAACGUGGAAUGCCGAAUCAACGCAGCCAACAUCGCCACAGAUGAUGAGCGAGACAAGUUCGCUGGCCGAGUGGCCUUCAAACUCCGCAUCAACAAAACCUGAGACCCCUUCCUCUGGCCCCCACCUCUUUCCUAUGGAUGCUUCUGGAAUGUCCCCCUUUUCCUUUACUUCUGAACCCAGCCUGAUUAAUGUACAUUGUGAUUCUCUACUUUCACACAUCUUCCACCAUCUUCUCCCAACCCUAGCUCAGUCAGAGACGGGGAGAUGGGAUCCCAAGGUGGUCACAGAGGAGCCGUUCUGGUUUAGCUGGGAGUGGGGUGUCCCUGCAGCUACCCUCCUAUUGCCUGAGAGAUACAGAAAUGCCCACCCACCUACACACACACAAUCUCGUUAGCCCCUUAGCUUCCAGGCAGGAAUGUGGUCCCCCUACCUUCGAUUACUAAGUGCAGCUGCUGCCCCCUUUCUCUGUCUCCCACACUUUCUCCCUUGAACACACUGUUGCUGUCUUGGUGGCUGUUGACUCAACGUGGCUCCUCUGGUAGGACUUUCUUCACCUCUUCUCCAUCCCUACUCUCAUUUCAGCACAGGCACCUUAGAGUGAGUUUCUUCCCUAUUUCCUGGCACAUUCUACUUCUCAUCCUAAGGUCCCUGCGUGAGCUGGGAGUGGGAUUCUGGAAGAAGAGUCUGUGUUUUCUUGGUAAUCCUCUUCCUCGUCUCUGUCACCCAAAUAAGCACUCCUCAGAGGGGCAAGGUUGACCUAGGCUGAAUAUCCCCUUUGUUUUUGCCGAUGGCUCCCUUACCCCGGUCGGAUUUCCCAGAAUAUCCUUCAAAUUCCACUUUCCAGGAGGCUUGGGGGAGGGGCAGCGAUUUUGGAUCUGCCCCCAGUGGCCACGUUGGGAACGGCAGCAGGCUAUGGGACUACUCCACCUCCUUCCCCGGGCCCAAAUCUGCCCCCACCAUCCUCUUGCUGGCUUCCCCUAGCAAUUUAUCAACUAAUCACUAACUCUUUCCCUUUCCUCAGCAUAACAGCCCGAAACUUGCAAAUACCCCCUAAUUUUAGGCCUGAAUUUCCUGGCUUCAUUUUCUUCAGAUCCCUCUGCAAUUUUAAAUGACCUCCUAGUGACCACAGAAUUGUAACAGAAGGACCUCCCGUAUUCUUGAGUUUCAGAGGUGUUUGAACUUUCUCCUCCAGUGCCCUUCACUUCACCCCUCUAAUCUCACUUUUCUCUUUUGUGCUGCAGCCUCCACACCUACCCACAGACAGAACCUUCCCUUGUUCCCUUGUUCCCUUGCCGGACCUGGGUUUCUUCCCUUUGGGUCUCCGCAUUUUCCCGCACUCCCCUCACCCCAGUGGUCUCUCUCCGCAGUUAUUUAAUGCCUGUGUCAGAUCUACUGUAAAAAGAGGAUUAAGUACAAUAAAAUGAGAGCAAUUAUAUAUAUAAAUAUAUAUCAUACACGGAACCCUGUGUGUGGGUGGU